GUAGGUUAAGUGUUGCAGUACCAGCACACGUCACCUCUGCCAGCUUUUUUUUUUUUUUUUAUAAUCGGAUUUUGGGGAGCGUGAGCGCGAAGAUCGGAACACUCCCUCUGAUUCCCUUCAUUUCCACUGUUUCAACAAAACUACGCCUCUCAAACCGUUUCUUGGAGAAUUCCGGUUCCAGAACCUUUUCUUUUGGCGCGAGGCCUCGAUUUAUGAAUUACACCUCAGGAUUCCAUUUCCGCAUGCUGCCUAGACUAGAUCCACGAUCUUGAAUUUCGCGAAUGUGUUAAGAUAUUGAACCUUUCCUUAUACCUUUCUCCUUUCAUUUUAGUUCCGCAUUUAGCAACAGUGACAUAAUUGUUUGUUUCCAUGUUGUAAUCUAGAUUUUCGCCCAUGGAUGUGUUUUUGAAAACAUAGACUCUACCGGUAAGGUUCAGUUUGUAAAUGGCUAAAGUUGGUAAGUUGCGGAACAAGUCUCAAGGUCGGAAGUCAUCACCAUGUCUUUUGUCUUGUGCAAGAAAAAAUAUGAAAGAUGUUAAUGUAAAGAAGUGCUCUUCUAAAGCAUCGGAGAAGAAAGAUUGGGAAGAUGCAACCUGCUCUGUAUGUAUGGAGGUCCCUCACAAUGCCAUUCUCCUGCUUUGUUCGUCUUAUGACAAGGGUUGUCGCCCUUAUAUGUGUGCUACAAGUCAUCGCUAUUCAAACUGUUUUGAACAAUAUAAAAAAGCAUAUACUAAAGCAACAUCUGUUCAAAGUUUGCAGUUAGAAGCAAACAAUUCAAAUCUUGAUUUAAGCGCAGGUGAAUCUAAAGACAACACUGAAGUUCCUGAGCUUCUUUGCCCCCUUUGUCGCCGACAGGUGAAAGGUUGGACAGUGGUUGAAGCCGCAAGGAAGUCUCUGAAUGCCAAGAAAAGAAGUUGCAUGCAGGAUGACUGCUCUUUUGUGGGGAAUUACAAGGAGCUUAGGAAACAUGUUAAGUCUAAGCAUCCAUUUGCACGACCCCGAGAAGUGGACCCAAUAAAAGAAGAAAAAUGGAAGAGGUUUGAGUGUGAAAGAGAACGAAAUGAUGUUAUUAGCACAAUUUUAUCUUCAACACCAGGGGCUAUGGUACUGGGGGAUUAUGUGCUGGAGCCAAAUGACCAUGCCUUUUAUAGUGAUGAGUAUGACUCAGACGAUGAAUAUCUAGAGGAUGAUUUUUUCUCAGUUAGGUCCAUUGGCUUGGGGAGAACUGGCCACUUUUUGCCGAACAUUAGAUAUAAUCAGGAUCGUGCUGGAGAUUCUUUCGAUGUUGAUCGCUUUGGUUUUCAGAGUGUGGCAUCUGCAGGUUCUGCUGCUGUGUCUGGACGUAGACUCCACAGGAUACUGAUAGGAAGGUCUAGAAGACGACGGAGACAUAGGAUAGCAACUGCGAGAAGGUAAGUUCAAAGGCAAACUUGUAGGGAAAGAGCUGCACUUCUGCAAAUAGUAUGCAAGUGAUCUUGGCAUGGCUGGUUUUGUUGCUAUGCCAGAGCUAUCUAUAAUUUAAUUGGCAGAGUAUAGCAGUUCAUCUCAUCUAUAGAUUGAUAUGGCACCGUGACAUUCCCUGCUUUAUAUAUUUUUUAAAAUAGACUGUACAAAAGGCAAUUAUAGAGUGCUCAUUGCCUCUCUGAAUUCUAGGUGUAGGAGAUUCAGCCAUUAUGAUUGUUAGGUCCCAUAGGUUGGAUUGGUUUUUAUGCGGUCAGGCAAAGAAGAUCUCCAAAUAAUUUCAUUUUGAACUGAUGCUUUAUUCUUCCAAUUGUGAUUUGCUUUCUGUACAGGAUGAAUUUCUGUAUAAUAAAUCGUCUUUGAUAGUGUUAGGGAUAUAGAAUGUCAUUCUGCA